AUGGCCGCCGCCUGCCGACACGGGGGGCAGCGGCUCGCUGAGCCCGACCGGGUCUUUCCCCGUCUCCCCAGCCGCUCUCCUCACCGGCCCCCGCCCGGCCGCCGCGGCGCGGCUCCGCUGCUGCCCUUGGUCCUCUGCUGGCUGUGCGGGAGCGCUGGGGCCGCCCCGGAGCCGGGGCGCUGGGCAGGGACCGUCAACAACGGAUCAAGACUAUUAAUAUUUAGGAAAACGAUGUUUAAUUCUACUGAGAUCAAGCUUAAGGUUAAGUCAUUCAGCUGUCCUGAUCCUGUGAAUUUUACCAUAGAGUGGCAUUUGAAAUAUCAUGCAUGUCACAAUGAAUAUACUAAAUUGGAAGAACUAUUAGACAAACACAUACUUAGUGGCGAUGAGGACUUCUGUGAAAAUUAUUUCCAAGGAAAACAAUGUCGAAAGCAAAAAAGCGAACAUUUAAAUUGUGACAGUGAUUUACAGAUGUUUCCUAUGUUGAGUAGUAAAGAACAAACAUUAGUAAAUAUGAAAAACCUUCCAGACUUUCAAGGCUCAGUGGAUGAUGUUGUAGCCACAACAUGGAGGGAUGGACCACAUCUCUUUAUUGUUUCUUUUAAAACAGAAAAGGAAGACACAAACUGGAAUUUGAAUGUUUCUCUUUCAAUGGAGAGCCUUCAUGGAUAUAUCUCUGCAUCAGAAUGGCCUUUAAUGAUUUUUUACAUGGUGAUGUGCAUCAUCUACAUUUUAUAUGGUUUACUCUGGCUGUUGUGGUCUGCCUGUUAUUGGAAGGAUUUAUUAAGGAUUCAGUUCUGGAUUGCUGCUGUUAUUUUCCUGGGAAUGUUGGAAAAAGCAGUAUUUUAUGCAGAAUAUCAAAAUGUCAAUGCCACAGGACUGUCUUCCCAAGGUUUAUUAAUGUUUGCUGAGGUGAUUUCUGCAAUUAAGAGGACACUAGCACGCCUUCUGGUUAUUAUUGUGAGCUUGGGCUAUGGCAUUGUCAAACCCCGUUUAGGAACAGUUAUGCAUCGAGUGAUCGGACUGGGUGCUCUUUACUUCAUUUUUGCAGCUAUUGAAGGCAUUAUGAGAAUUAUUGGGGGUUCUAGACAUGUAGCUGUUCUCAUUUGUGACAUUAUUUUAGCAGUCGUUGACUCCAUUUUUGCAUGGUUCAUAUUUGUAAGUUUGGCACAAACAAUGAAGACCCUAAAACUAAGAAAGAACACAGUGAAAUUUUCACUCUACAGACACUUCACAAAUACUUUGAUUUUUGCUAUAUUGGCUUCUAUAGUAUUUAUGAUAUGGACAACUAAAAAGUUUAGAUUAGCAGAGUGUCAGUCUGAUUGGAUGGAACUCUGGGUUGAUGAUGCAUUUUGGAGAUUCCUUUUCUCUCUCAUUCUUCUAGUAAUAAUGUUUUUAUGGAGACCAUCAGCAAAUAAUCAAAGAUAUGCCUUUACACCCUUAAUAGAUGAUUCAGAUGAUGAAAUUGAAGAAUUCACAGUAGUGUCUGAAAAUUUAGCUGAAGGCAUAAAGCUAAGAGCUUCAAAAACUGUUUCCAAUGGAACAGCUGGACCUGCUUCUUCUAAUAGUGUUGAUGAAGAUUUGAAGUGGGUAGAAGAAAAUAUUCCUUCUUCAUUCACAGACGUAGCUCUUCCAGUGUUAGUGGACUCAGAUGAGGAAAUAAUGAUGACCAAAUAUGAAAUGGCAGAAAGGAUGUUAUCUUCAGAAAAGAUAAUGUGAUCCAGGGGGGCAGCUAGAUGGCACAGUGGAUAAAGCACUGGUCCUGGAUUCAGGAGGACCUGAGUUCGAAUGUGACCUCAGACACUUGACACUUACUAGCUGUGUGACCCUGGGCAAAUCACUUAACCCUCAUUGCCCCACAAAAAAAAAGAAAAGAAAAGAAAAGAAAAAAAGAUAAUAUGAUCAGAGCCUGUAUAAAUGAAGCCUAGUUAAUGGCAAUGACUGAUUGUCACUCAAGCUCUAAGAAACCUUCACCAGCUAUGCAUAUGUGUUUAUAUGUAUUGUUAAUGUUGGUAUAUGGCCUUUUUGUUUAGCAUACAUGAUACUCCCAUCUCUUGCUUCUGUGCUGUGCCAUUGAGCUGUGCCCCACACCUAGAAUGCAUGCCCUCCUCCAGUCAUCUCCACCUCUUACACUACCUGGAUUUCUUCAAGACUCAGCUCAAGCACCAACUGCUACAAAAAACCUUUCCUGGUCAUCUCUCCCACCCAGCUAUGAGUGCCUUUCCCCUAAAUUACUGGCGCGCUCUCUCUCUCUCUCUCUCUCUCUCUCUCUCUCUCUCUCUCUCUCUCGUGUGUGUGUGUGUGUGUGUGUGUGUGUGUGUGUGUGUGUGUGUACUGAUAUAUGUGUUUCCUCUGAUAGAAUGUAAACUCUUUGAGGGCAGGGACUGUUAACUUUUUUAUCUUCAAAUCCAUAGCGCCUAACAAAGUGCCUGGCACAUAUGAGGCGCUUAAUAAGUGCUCGUUGACUGAUUGGGGUGGGGUGUGUUAUGUUAUCAUGGAAGAUAGACAUAUUAAUGUGAAAUGCUCUGGUAUUGGGAAGGAAUUUAUAAUAUUUUUAAAGGUGGCUCUGGAAUGUUGUAUUAAGUGUCAGUUAGCCUGCUCUAGUUCUGGGAGCAAUUUAAAGUAUUACAUGCAAGAAGUGCAUAAAAUAUGCCUUUGCCUAGUGGAUAUUAUGUAUGCACUGUUUUGAAACUCUUUUCUUUGAAGUAAAAGUUUGGAAUUCCAAGAUAGCUAUUUAUUUUUUUAACUUUCAUACAAACACCCCUAUUGUUCUCUGACUGUACUUUUAGAAAGAAUGUGAGGCUUCUGUGGUGUUGCACAACCAUAUUUUGUUCUUUUGGGUUUAUACUUUAUUAUUUAAUAUUUUUCAUUUUUAUAUAUAAAAAUGAUUUUAUGUUUAGUAAAAUAUGGAUAAAGUUAAAGUGCAAGUAUAUUUAUAUUUCUUGAUUUUGCUCUUUUGUUUAAAACAAAAGAUACUCGGGGGCAGCUAGGUGGCGCAGUGGAUAAAACACUUGCCCUGGAUUCAGGAGGACCUGAGUUCAAAUUUGAUCUCAGACACUUGACACUUACUAGCUGUGUGACCCUAGACAAGUCACUUAACCGUCAUUGGCCCGCAAAAAACAAACAAACAAAAAAAAGAAAACCAAAAGAUAGAUACUCUCUAAGUAUUUUUAUAAGCAUAAAAACACUUAGCUCAGUUUUCUUUAAGUUUGGGGAUGGUACAAACUUUAUUCCAUCUCUGGUGUGAAGAGAUGGAGAUCUUCUCUCCAUGGAGUGAGUCAUGCCAUCCCAGAAGAUCUUUCAGCUACUGUUGUUAUUAUGUAAAUUAGCAUGUGGAAAAUUCUGACUAAGGUGAGAGUAAAGAGCCCUAGACAGCCAAGUUACUCAGAUGCAGAACUCAGGAAGCAAGGAGGCUGGAUGGCCACUUGAAACACCUUCUAUUGUGUUUGAGGGAGAGAUCUAGCAUACCACUGUGGCUUUCUAACAUCCAGCUAGUCCAUCCUGUAGAGAAGAUAAUCAGGCUUACUAUAUACUUGAGUUCCUAAGGAAAGAGCAACCUCAUUCUGUCCAUAACCUUGACACGUUUUCCGUUUAGACAAAUAUUGUGACAUUCUAUGGCUGAGUUUAUCAUUGUUAACUCUCUAAGUGUUAAAGUCUUCUUACUCCAUCCUCAGCAUUUUUGUGUGAUAUCAAGUUUUAUGUUAUAUAUUUAUAAUUUGACAUUCUAACGCAUAAUUUCACACUUUUAAUUUUAAUAUCUUUUUGUGAAAUAUAAAAUGUCCUAAACAUUAAGAUGAAGUGAGUAGGGGCAACUAGGUGGCGCAGUGGAUAAAGCACCGGCCCUGGAGUCAGGAGUACCUGAGUUCAAAUCCGGCCUCAGACACAACACUUACUAGCUGUGUGACCCUGGGCAAGUCACUUGACCCCAAUUGCCUCACUAAAAAAAGAAGAAAAAAAAAGAUGAAGUGAGUAUAUACUAUGGUGAAAAUGUGAAUUAUCUGCAAAUGCUGAUAAAGCUGCUCUCAUAGCCAAAGAAGGAGAAGGCUUUAACUGACAUUUAGAAUGAAAGUAUUAUAACCUGAACUGUUUAUCUUUUGAAGGUGUUCUAUUGACUUGGUGAGUUUAGGAGUUACUUAAGAAAAUACAGGUAAAAUAGCUUUAAAAAUUUUAAAUACUUGCAGGUAUUUCUGGAAUUUUGUGGGAAGAUGAAAAAUUUACUUUUCCUUUCAAUAAUUCCCUUAAGUCCUUUUAUUUAGUACUUUUAAGCAUGUUUAUAGGGAGAAUUAAUUGUUAUGUUUGUGAUCUGUAUCUAUUGAGUAAUAUAUCUUGAAAUCAUUGACCUCUCAUAUUCAGCAGUUUUUUUUAAAAAAACAAGCUUUUUGAAAAGGAAAGAUCUUCAUUUGAAUAUAGGCAAAUAUCUCAAAUACCCCUAAAAGCAUUGGUUUUGGAGGUAUGCCAUUGUGUUGGGAUGUAGAUAUUGGAAUGAAAAGGUAACAGAAUGUGACCUUUCCUUCUUUUCCUUUCCCCCACACAUAGGACAGAUUUGUCCAUCACAAAAAUGACUCCUUUAUAAAUGGGUUAGAUUCAAGUGUUUAGAUUAAGCACAAUUGGACAUGCAUAGGACAGAAAUGCUUGUCACAAAAAUUACUCUUAUUCAAAGUGAUGUUUGUCCAUGUAUGCCUCAUUGUCUUCUGGGUGCAGUUGUGUUUUGCAGAAUUGAGAUGAUUUUCUCUUUCUGGUUCCUAGCACUUUACAUUUAACACCUUUCAGUCCUGGAGGAUGGAGGUGGAAUGGAAAUAGCACUGUCCAUUGUAGUACCCUAGUGGGAUUUGGAAAUGCAGCAUUCUGGGCUACCUGGCUGCAAUAGCUAUAGAGUGGUGGUAGUGAUAAUGGUGGUUGUGAAUAAUAGGGAAAACUACCUCUAAAGCAACCUGACCUCUUUCACUCCUUAAUGUUUGUAAGAAUACCUACUUUUCCUUUUGUAAUAAAAAAUCAUUAAAGAAAUUUCUGACUCAAAAACUUUUUUCCCCCACUCUCAGAGAAAGAAGUGUAUCUCUCUUCCCUGUCCCCUCCAUUGGCAUGUAAUUUUAGAUGCAUAAUAUGAGAGUUUAUAUUUUUAAGGAGAUGGUGCUGGUUUGUGAAGCAAUAGCAAAUACUCAUAAUUCUUUUCCUAAGUUUGUUGUAAGAUUUGUGACAUAGACUUCUGCAUUUAUGAUCCUCAUUGUAAUGAAUGGGGCUCCUAAGUAGCCUCAUACUUAUUUAUAAGGCUUCAUAGCUCUCACAUUGAAAGUUAGGUGGAGUGAGGACUCUAGGUUAUAGCUUAUAGUGAAGCAAUUUGAGGACAGACUAUGUGUCAGGUCAUUGUAAAUGUUAGGGCUAUUGAUAACUGUUUGAAUUUCUGUUGCCUAUGGCUGUUUCAGCCUGUGCCUUAUGGGAUAGGAUAGAACCUUCUUUUAAACUCCCAAAAUUGCACUUUUUGAUCAGGUGAAAGGAGAUAACUUAAUAUUCAAGAAGUCUGUUGAUCUAUAUAACUGCCUAUUAAAGAGAGACUCUGAGGAAGAAUAAUAUGGAAUCUUGCAUGUUGUCCUAUAUGACUGCCUCUUUCCAUAUAAGGCAUUUAAAACUAUAUUGGAUUUUAUUAAAUGUACAUCUUUUUCUUCUAUCUUUCCAUUGCUUUGAGUUAGUCAUGAAUAAGUUCUUUAAAGAGCAUAAUGUUCACUUAUUUCAUCCAAAACCCUAACAAACAUGACUUUUGUAUUAUAAGACUGGUGGACAGAAUCUUCUAAGACUCUUAUUAUUAGUGCAUAUAGCUUUUAAAGCAUAUAGCCUCAUAGGGACCCAGAAUAUUUCUUUUAUAAUACAAAAAGUUGUUGCUGAUUGGUGUCUAAUAUUUGCUGUAUCCUUGUACCACUGUAAUGUCAAGACCUUGUGUAUAAAUAUGUAUAUGAGGUUUAUAAUUUUAUACUCUAUCCUGAAGGAAUUUUGGACUGUUGUGCCAGAUUACAGCUGACUGUAUAGUUGGAGAAUGUUAUAUACUAGAUUAUUAAGUUAAUACUUCUGGUUCCUUUGUGUAAUCCAGACCAACCAAGUAGCAAUAGAAAACACAGUAAGCCUUAAAUUAAGGAGUUAAUUUAGUCACUUUGGUUAAAGUUCUAAAAAUAUCAAAUGUACAUGUAUAGUAAAAGGAGUAUUUUUUUUAAGGGAAUGUUUUUAAACAUACUGCAUUGGGUUGGUGCGGCUUUCUAAAAUUAGGGGAAAUUCAUUUGAGAAUGAAGUCAAGUAUGUGAUGACAUUUAAUAUUAUGCUAUCUUUGUAAUUAAAGGGUGAAUGAUGUACUCAUUGAAAGUUUGAUUUGGGAACAAUUUGUUCUGAACAUGGAAACAACUGUUGGAAGGAUUUUCAUUACUUGAAAAAUUGAUGUAUACUGUGCCUUAAUGUUUGUUCUGACUUUUAAUAAAAUCAUUUCUGAAAUUGUGAA